AUGCCUCCAGCACGCGUCCCAUCCCAGCAAUUGAACUCUCUCUCGGGUUCUCCCACAACUGGUACAGCCAACACCAACAAUACCACCAACAAUACCGCCUCGGUGCGAAGGAGCCUCUUCUCGGCACAUCUCUCGCGUCGUCCCGCUUCCGGUUCCCAGUCCAGUUCUCAAGGUUCCUCAACCCAACCACAUUUACAACCCAACCAACAUCCCACAGCACCAGACCAGGAACCUUCACAACACCGUUUGCCUCGACCGACACAUGCCACGAAUGCUCCUGCUCCUGGUCAUGCACCACCGCCGACAGUAAGCCAGAUCCAAGCCGCGUCACGCCGCUAUCAACACCAACGUUCCGUUUCGACCCCGUCACUGUCUCCCUCUCCUCCACGUCUGUCCCCAUUCCACAACCUCCCACCUGCAGCGGCAUUCGGGCAUAAUGUCGUGGACAUCACAACAGGAGGACCGCCGUUCGCACCCACCCCACCGCGCCACAUGACUGCCGCAGCAGACACCUACGACUACGACCCGACCAUCUCCCCCAACCGCCCUCUGUCACCACGUUCCCGCGAGACUUUAUUCCCAAACUCGUCCAUCAUUGCCGUUAAUCCCGUCACCGGACGCCCGAUCCUACCUCAUCUCCCUGUGCUGCCAGGUCGACUGCGAUUGUCAGACGAGGACGGCGGAGCAGACCAUGAAGACGAAGGAGACGAAGAUCCGGAGGGCACACCAGACGCCGGCAUACACCACCGCCGCCACCACCGUCAUCAGCCUUCCGACCCAGACAUGAUCCACACACAGUCCAGCACAGCGGCAAUGAUGCAUGCCGCCGCCGAAGACGAAGCAUCACUCGAGGCCGACGAGGAACGGCGGGAUCGCGAACGCAUCGAACGGAUGCUGCGUGAAAUGAUGGCAAGGCAACGGGCUCGGGCCAAAUUGGGCACCACCCACAAACCCUCGUCCACAAACAUGGUCGGCGAUGGGCCUCCCUCGGGCUCAUCAGCCGUGAACGUCUCCAGCGGCGGCGUGAGAAAACGCAGCACCCACCAGCACCACGGGCGAGGUCAGCGACACCGGCACAUGUCGCCCCUGGAGAAUGGAGGCGGGGAUGAACAUGAUGACGAGGACCACGAGCUCUACGCGGCGGAAGAUGCAGAUAGCGAGGAGUCGGAGGCGGAACGGGAGGAACUCAUGGGUCUGAUCACGGCGAGUCUCCGGCGGGAGGUCGCAAGAGCCGAAGAUGAGGGCUGGAUGUAUGGUGACAGCGGUAUGGGCGUUGGUGGCGGUUGGGAUGGGCGGGAGGAGGGUCUUGUCGGUGGGUAUGAGUGA